AUGGUCCUACCAACACCAUUUCUGAAGUGGGAAAAGGCAAGUAUAUCGACACGGAAAUUCAAAACGAUCCUAUUUUUGAAGUUGUAUCUUCUGGCGUUGUUACCACCCGAUUCAGAAAUCACCGCCAUUACAGGCUCUGCUUUGGGAUCAUCCACCCGAGUCGGUUCUAAGUUAGCUUUGGAUACGACCACAGUGAAAGCACUUGGCAGAAGAAUUGUAGGCGAUGCCAUGUUCUAUCAAAAAUAUUAUACAAAGAACGCAGCAGGCGAUAUCUUAUUGGCCCCUCAAACUUUGGGAGAAAUCACCACCAUCCCACUUAAAACCACUGCCAAAUAUAUUUUGAGACGCGAUGCAUUUUUAGCAAAGACAGAAAAGGUCACCUUUGAUUUAGGACUCAACAAGGACAGCGUUGGAUUGGUCAAUAAGUUGGUUCAUACGGUAAGUGGACCUGGUACAUUGGCUAUCAGUCAUUAUGGAGGUUUGUAUCGUAUCUCACUUGCUGCUGGUGAAGAAUAUCAAGCCAAUCCUCGUAAUUUGAUUAUGUGGGAUAAACGCACCAACCCUUCCAGACUUCACCCUGCUCAUCCUGUCGUACCUUCUCCCCGAUCCAAGUUAAGACAAUAUGAAGUGAUUCGAAAUAUCGUCGAUAGUCCUUCUCUUCAACCAAAAUUACAGUACGUAGACACGCUUGCCAAGGCCAUGCGUAAUUAUUUGAUGGGUGCACCUGAUUUUGUUAAAUUAAAGGGUCCAGGUGAUUUCUAUUUGACUUCCCGUGUUCAACCUCGUUUUGAAAAGUCCAGAUUGAUGAACGCUUUAGCUGCUGCCAAUGAUUCAGCAGCUCAAUUAUUUGAGCAAUCUUCAAUUUUCCCCAGUGUGCCUGAAUCUGAAUUUAUCGAUUACACUAAAAAGAAACAUCCCGGAUAUGCUCAAAAGUCUACAGACGGUUUCCCAUCAUGUUAUGCCGUGGUUGGUCCUAAAGGUGCUGUCGCAUUCACCCCAGCUACCAGAGAAGAGAAUGUGUAA